AUGACAACACUCCAACCCAGACCGCCCUACAGCGACGAGGAAAUCGCCAAGCUCUACCCGAACAACCUCGAGCUCCAGCAAGUUCAGAUUAUCCUCCGACAUGGAGAACGUACACCAGUCUCGGCCCGCUUUAAGAAUGCCGGCCUACCUGGAACAUGGUCCUACUGCAAAGCUGCAAAUGAGAUGAGGUCGGCGGUAUUAUCGGCAGAUGGAUCUUGGGAUACACUGGCAUGGAAGAGGAGACUGGAAACACUUGGUGCAAACGAUUCGCCAAAGUUGGCUGCUGGGCCAAGAGGAGAGCUCGAUGCAGUGUGUCAGCCGGGAGAGCUCACCGACAGAGGCAGAGAGACUACAUUGGCACUUGGACAGCGGAUACGGACACUGUAUGUGAACCAGCUAGGCUUUCUCCCCGGCUUCAUCGACGACAGGACAAAAGGCCUGGUCAGCUUGCGCGCUACGCCCAUCCAGAGAGCACUUGAGAGCGUGCAACAGACAUACAGCGGACUGUAUCCAGCUGCUGCGAGAUCUCCACGCCUUCCACCACCAGCGAUCGUGCAGAGGUCAAUGCAAGAUGAAACCCUCUUCCCGAACGAGGGAGCUUGCAAGCGUUUCGCCGAACUCUCACACGCCUUCGCGGACCGUGCAGCGAAGCUCUGGAACGACUCCCCAGAGAUGGAAUAUAUCAACAAGAAAAUCGGCAAGUGGAUGCCAAAAGAGAGCCCCGUCGUAAAAGUCGACUCCCAUCCGCGACUCAGCGGAGUCAUGGACACCAUCAACGCAACCCUCGGACACGGCGAGGCAACAAGACUGCCUGCGGAAUUCUAUGACGAGAAGGUGAGACAGAACAUCGACAGAAUCUGCGUGGAAGAAUGGUUUGCUGGAUACCAAGAAUCCAACGAAUACCGCAAACUCGGAAUUGGUGGCCUGGUCGGCGAUCUGACACAGCGAAUGGUAGAGCAUACCUCUGGCAUCCCUAAAGAAGGAGGAGACGAGCCAUUCAAGAUGACCUUGGCUGGUUGUCAUGAUACCACAAUCGCAGCCACACUCGCUACUCUUGGCGCUUUCGAGUACGACAAGAACAAGUGGCCGAACUUCACCUCUUCCAUCGCUUUUGAGCUCUUCAAAGCCAAAGACACCCCAUCGCCCUCCUCUUCAGGCGCAGCCUGGCCAAGUAAGGAGAAAAGCUGGUGGUUCUCGCUUUUCUCCUCGCCCAAACCCGGCACGGGCUCUGCGGCACGCGAACCGCUCUCCACAAUGCCGGACUCUCAAAAGCGGAAUCUGGAUGGCCACUACGUCCGCUUACGAUACAAUGAUCACCCCGUGACACUACCGUACUGCAAAGCUGCGGGAAACCAUAUGGAAGGUGACGAGAGCUUCUGCACCUUGAAGGCGUUCAAGGAGGCGGCGGAUCUGGUGACGCCCAAGGACUGGAAGACGGAGUGUAAGAGCAAUCUUGGAACUUCGGCGUUUGCUGAGAAGAUUGAUCAGCCGCCCGGUGUUGUUGCGAAAAGUAUUUGA